AUGGUGUUCCAGUGCCAGCGGGACAGCUGGGCCCGGCAGCGCGCCGCGCCGCCGCCCGGCGCCCGCGUGCUGCUCUCCCUCGACUGGGAGCGCCGCUUCGACCACAUGCAGCAGCACUCAGGGCAGCACCUCAUCACGGCCAUCGCGGAUCAGAUGUUUGGAUUCAAGACAACUUCAUGGGAGCUGGGCCGCCAGCGGAGUGUCAUUGAGCUGGACACCCCCACCGUGACAGCAGAGCAAGUAGAGGCCCUGGAGAGGAGCGUGAACGAGAAAAUCCGGGAGAGGAUUCCCGUGACGGUGAGGGAGCUGGCCGCAGAUGACCCUGAAGUGGAAACGGUGAGGAGCCGAGGUCUGCCCGACGACCACGCGGGGCCCGUGCGCGUUGUGAGCAUCGAAGGCAUCGACGACAACAUGUGCUGCGGGACCCACGUCUCUAACCUGAGCGACCUGCAGGUUAUUAAACUCCUUGGCACAGAAAAGGGAAAAAAGAACAAAGUGAACUUGGUUUUCCUGGCAGGAAAUAGAGUGCUGAAGUCAAUCGAACAAAGUCAUAGCACUGAGAAGGCUCUGACUUCACUGCUCAAAAAUGGACCGGGUGAGCACGUGGACGCUGUGAAGAGGCUGCAGAGUUCGGUGAAGCUGCUUCAAAAGAAUAACUUGAACCUGCUUAGAGACCUUGCUGUUUUGAUAGCCCGGGACUUCAAAAGCAAACCUGGUCAAAGUGAGCUGUUUGUGCUGCACAGAAAAGAGGGUGACUCUGAAUUUAUGAACAUCAUCGCUAAUGAGAUUGGGACAGAGGAAACGCUGCUGUUCCUGACUGUAGGAGAUGAAAAAGAAGCAGGACUCUUUCUUCUGGCUGGGCCUGUUGAAGCAGUCGAGAAGUUAGGUCCCAGGGUGGCAGAGCUGCUGGAAGGCAAAGGCGCUGGGAAGCGAGGCCGCUUUCAGGGCAAGGCGACCAAGAUGAGUCGGCGAGGAGAGGUGCAGACCUUGCUCCAGGACUUCAUCAGCCAUCAGCGCCCUGAAGCGGAGAAGAAAGAAUGAACAGCAGGAGUUGGAGGGCUGCUGAAUUCUGGCCAUGAAGCUUAAAAGACCGAACAGCUUCUAGCAGCCGUGGCUGCCCACCGUCUUCCUCGGAGAUGAAACGGAAGGAGGACAGCGAGAUGCUGCACUCAAAUCCAUCAGCAAGGAAGGGAAUAACCCCAGUUCUGGCACAGAGCAAACAAGCAGGUUUUUUUGAACCGGCUUUUUUUCCUGUUUACUUAGAAAUCUCUGCAAAUGCCAGAGGACGGAGCACGUAGGUGCUAAUGUUUUCGCUAGCUGCCCUCGCUGCUGGUUAAUAUGCAGCCUGCUGCCCUCUGGACUCCGCAGUUCCCUCGGGCAUGCAGCUAUUGAUCCAGCUGAGAAGCUGAUGCAAGCACUUGCCAGAUAACACUGCGUGCACACUUGCCUCUUAAAGCUCUCCUGCGGCACGUUGCUGCACAUCUCAGUCAUUUGCGUGGCCCUGGCAGAACCACGUUAACACCUACGUGCCAGCUCCACGCGUGACAACUAAAUGCAGAGAGAAGCAGCCUCCCUGCCCUUUGUUUCAUGGGCAGCUGAACCCAGGGCACUUCUUGGAGGUUUGUGCCUAGCACUUCCCUCACUUCUGCUGCCGUGAGCUUCAGCUUGUCCUGCCGUUCUCUGCUCUGCAGUGCUGGCUGGGCAGUAAUUACUGUUCUGCACAAGAAGUGGCUCCAGGAAAGAAGCCCUUGGGAUUAAUAAACAACCACUCUGC